GGGAAAACGGAACAGGGAAGGAAAUCCAAAUUUCACAAGUCGAUAAAUGAGAUUUACGGCUCCGAAAAAAGGUAAAGUCGUCGGCUGCCUCCGUCGGAUUCUCACCUUUUUCAUUACACACACGAGGCGUUUAUUACACCACCAUCACCGCCACUGCCCAAAUCAUCAGAAUCAGAAUCCCUCGAAAAACACCACUCACCCCUGUACUCGUACGUAUGGACACGCCCAAAAAGUGCUAGAUACUCUCUCUGAUUAGGUUAGAUUCUCGCCGUGGUCUUCUGGAGGGAUCCUUCGAUUCAUGGCGGCUGCCCACCAAGGCCCCGAUCGUACUUCUGAAGAAAAAGUUGCUGAACCAGAUAACAUGAAGGAACAGCCUCUUUCGGCGAGGAAUGAGAGUUCGGCUCCGCCUUCUUCAGCUCAGGAUGCUGCAACUAUAGGUAAUUCAAGGGACACAACAAAUCAAUCAGGAUCUUUUAGUUCUGGUGGGGAUCACAGUGUCUACCCACCUAAUAUCUAUGCGCCGCAAGCGCAAGCUUUCUACUAUAGAGGUUUUGAAAAUCCCACUGGUGAAUGGGAUGAAUAUCCACAGUUCAUUAAUGCAGAAGGGUUGGAAAUAGGAUCUUCUGGCAUCUACAACGACAAUCCUUCUCUUAUGUUUCAUACUGGUUUUGGCUACAGUCCACAAAUGCCGUAUGGCCCAUACUCCCCUGUCACAACACCUUUGCCUUCUGUAGGGGGAGAUGGCCAGUUAUACUCCCCCCAGCAAUUUCAAUUUUCAGGGACUCCUUAUUACCAGCAGCUUGUUUCUCCUAGCAUGCCCUAUAUUACUUCGCCAACUCCAGUUUCACAGCCGGAGCUUACGACAUUAGUCAGUGAGCACCAACAGCAUGAUGGAAUGCUUUUUGGGCCCAGACCUUGUUAUCCUCCUCCAUUGGGAUCUUUUGGUAGGGGCAACUUUCCUGGAAAUUCUGGAACACUUGGUUUUCAUGAUUUGCAGCAAGGCUUUGAUGGAUUUGGAUCUGCUGGACUUUGGUCAGAUUGGUCAAAACCUGCCGACAGACAGAGGUCUUUUACACCUUUAUCGCCUGCAGUAUCUCCACAACCAACUGGCACACUUGGGUCGUUUGGAAGUGUUGGCAUGGCUUCUCAACAACAAAGAACUUUGUUUGGAUUUGGAUCUGGUUCAAAUUCCUAUAAUAGGGGCUAUAUACCUGGUGGUUUUAAUCAAGGCUCUAGCUUUGGAAGUGCAUCCAUUUCAAGUUUGGGAGCAAACGGUCGGGGCUGGUUCACAUUUGACAAUAACAAACGACGUGGGCGGCCAAGUGGUGCUCUGUGCAGUUGCAAUGGCACACUUGAUGUGCUCAGCGAGCAGAAUCGAGGACCAAGGGCCACAAAGCCGAAGAACCAGAACACUGGUGAACAUAGUCCUCCUAUGGAGACCAGUAAAAAUAGCAUAUCUAAUGCCAAGAACCAAGAUGAUUUGUACAACCGAGCCGAUUUUCUCACAGAAUAUGAGGAUGCAAAAUUCUUCAUAAUUAAAUCUUACAGUGAGGACAAUGUUCACAAGAGUAUCAAAUAUGGUGUCUGGGCCAGCACGCCAAAUGGAAACAGAAAGCUAGAUGCUGCUUAUCGGGAAGCAAUGGAGAAGCAAGGCACCUGUCCCAUCUUUCUUUUCUUCUCGGUGAAUGCCAGUGCUCAAUUCUGUGGGGUGGCUGAAAUGGUAGGACCUGUAGAUUUUGACAAGAGUGUUGAUUAUUGGCAGCAAGAUAAAUGGAGUGGGCAAUUCCCUGUCAAAUGGCAUAUAAUUAAAGAUGUCCCAAACAGUCAGUUUCGUCACAUUGUACUUGAAAAUAAUGACAAGAAGCCUGUAACCAACAGUCGAGACACUCAGGAGGUGAAAUUGGAGCAAGGCAUUGAGAUGUUGAACAUUUUCAAAAAUUAUGAAACUGAUGUGUCCAUCUUGGACGAUUUUGACUUCUAUGAAGAACGGCAGAAAGCCAUGCAAGAACGGAAAGCCAGACAACAAGCUGGCUUCAUGACUGGAGGAGGCAAUGAGUGCAAAAACAACGGUUUAUCUAGCGAUCUCAUGAAGCAGAUGUCUAAGAGUUUUGCUCAAGCUGUCCGGUUGGAGGAGUGCAGUAAGGAAGGCACGGCGCCUGACAGGGGCAGUUCCGCAUCUGAUGGCUCCGUGGGCACGCCGACGACUACUGCCCCAACCAGUUAAGGGGUUAUGUCAUGGGUGGGGCAUACUCCAGGCAAAGCUCGGUGUAGUGAAUGUGAUUGACUUCUGAAUUUAACUCUAGCUCUAAAUUAAUUCGUGAGAAGGUAGGUGUUGGAUCUUUAGAUUUCAUUGGAGUGGCAUGUGUUAGGGUGGAAAGGUCUUAUAAAGUUGAGAGCUGGUGGCCUCCUUGUACAAUAUGUGCCUGCUAGGUUCUACCUUUUGAUUGUAAUUUGUAGUGUUCCCCUCCCCUCCCCUCCCAAGUCUCAUGCUUUUUGUGUUUUUGCCGUUUGGGUGAUAGUGUAAUGUGAAGAAGAGAGUUCCAAGUUUUGAGUUUGUAAAAAUUUCCCAAUUGGGCAGGCACUUUAAUAAAGCAAUGCAACGUGAGACCUUGAUUUUUCCUUUCAA